AUCAUGUCUUUCACUGGGAAGUACGAGGUGGAAAGUCAACAAAACUAUGAUGAGUUUAUGAAGGCUAUUGGUAUUCCCUCGGAUGUCAUUGAAAAGGGGAGAAAUUUCAAGUUUACCACAGAAGUUGUUCAUAGCGGCAAUGACUUCACCUGGUCCCAGUUGUACCCAGGUCACACUACAACCAACAAGUUCACCGUAGGUCAAGAGUCAGAAAUGGAGACUGUGAGUGGUAAAAAGUUUAAAGCAACUGUCGAGCUGAAAGGUGGAAAACUAGUUGUGGAUUUUGGAAAAUAUCAUCAUACCUCGGAGAUUGUUAAUGGAAAACUGGUUGAGACAUCAGUAGCGGGUGGUAUCACCUUCGUAAGAACCAGCAAGAAAGUGGCAUAA